CCGCCGACGUCAGAGCUGUCAGCCAAGAUGGCGGUGUCCUGUUUACGAACCGUGGGCACAUUUCUGGGAAAAUGUGGGAAUUGUAGCUCCAGUAUGAACACGCUCACAUCGCAGCUGAGCCGGCAGGUCCUGAGCAGGCAGAUAUGUGUGAGCUCUGCCCUCCACAGAAAGAACCCGGCGAGUACAGGACCGCAGAAGCUCACGGCGGAGUUUAUUGAGAAGCAGGUGGAGGAGUUCAACAUCGGGAAACGGCACCUGGCCAACAUGAUGGGAGAAGACCCGGAGAACUUCACCCAGGAGGACAUAGAUAGGAGCAUCGCCUACCUCUUCCCCUCCGCCCUGUUUGAGAAGAAAGCCAGGCCCCUCAUGAAGCAUCCAGAUGAAAUAUUUCCUAAGCAGAAAGCUGUCCAGUGGGGAGCAGACGGACGGCCUUUCCAUUUCCUUUUUUACACCGGCAAACAGUCCUACUACUCCCUGAUGCAUGAACUGUACAACAAAAUCCUGAAAUUAGAGAAGUACCAAGAUCGUCUGAAAGCCAAAGGACUCUUCUCCCAGGAUGUCAAACACAUCUCUCUAGACUCGAGCAGGUGGCUCACAAAGGAGGAAGUGGAGGAUUCGCUGGUGGAGACCAUCUCGACUCAAGAUUACGAUCGUUUCAUCCAGCUGAUGGAGCGUCUGCUGUCCAUGCCCUACUGCGCGUCUGAGGAGGAGUUUGUCCUGCGUUACCGCCGGAAACUGGAGGCUCAGUCCAAGAAGCAUUCGGUGCCGCCGUUGGACAGGGACGAGAGAGGCGUGGCCUUCAGCACCUCAGACGGCUGCAGGAAGUCGUCAAACUCGUCUGUGGUUCUUCGAGACUGCGGCUCCGGACGCAUCACCAUCAACGGCCGAGACUACCUCCACUACUUCCCUGUAUUACAGGACAGAGAGCAGCUGAUGUUCCCGCUUCAGUUCAUGGGCAUGCUGGGACGCUUCGACCUGGAGUGCACCGUGAGCGGCGGCGGCAGGUCCAGCCAAGCGGGGGCGCUGCGACUCGCCAUCUCCCGUGCUCUGCUCGGCUUCCUGUCAGAGGGAGACAUGGAGACCAUGAGACAAGCUGGCCUGCUGACCCCUGACCCCAGAGUGAGGGAGAGGAAGAAGCCAGGACAGGAGGGGGCGCGAAAGAAAUUCACCUGGAAGAAACGCUGAGGGGGCGAGGAGGAGGAGGAGGAUCCUCCCUGAACUCAGAUAUGAAACAUUCACACUGACAUCUGUAAUUAAUGUGGCCCAGUAUGAACAGAUCCCAUGUGAGUGGUUUCCUCGUUAUUUUAUCUAAGCUCUCGAAACAACAACGAGCCGAAUAAUGUCUUCAUUCACUGUCCCACGGCCGCCAUGUUUUCAGGAUGCCACCCAGACUCCUCAACAAGCUGCAGUAUGCUUCCUCAGCCACCAGAUGGAAGUGUGUGUCAAGGAAUAAAUGAAAAAGUGAAAGCAUAAAAUUAUUAGGAAAAACACUAUAUAUAUAUACACACAUAUAUAUAGAGUUCUGUGUGAACAUCUUUGUUUUUCAUUGUUGAUUGGAAAUUAAAAAAAAC